CCCCGCCCCCGGGCGGCGCAGGCGCGGCGCAGGCGCGGGCCCCGCGGGAUGCGGGCGCUGCUGCAGCGGCUGCACGGCGCGGCCGUGGCGCUGCUGCUGUGGCGGGGCCGCGCUCGGGCCCGGGCCCGGCCCGCCGCCUCCGAGGUGCUGAGCCAGCACCUGCGGCAGCGCCGCCUGCCCCACUGGACCUCGUUCUGCGUCAAGUACAGCGCGGUGCGCAACGACCAGUUCGGCCUCUCGCACUUCAACUGGCCCGUGGACGGCGCCAACUACCUGGUGCUGCGGACCGGCUGCUUCCCGUUCAUCAAGUACCACUGCUCCCGCGCCGCGCCGCAGGACCUGGCGCUGCAGGACGCCUUCUUCACCGCCCUCAAGCUGCUCAACGCGGGCAUCCCAACUUUACUGUAUGGAAUUGGCUCCUGGUUCUUUGCCCGUGUCACAGAGACUGUCCACACCAGCCAUGGCCCAGUCACUGUUUAUUUUCUAAAUAAAGAAGAUGAAGGAGCCAUGUACUGAACUAUCUGUCCUCUGUGUGCUACAAAUAUCUGCUGCCUUUGGCUAAAAACAGCUGAAAAACUUGAUUUCUAUGCUGUGUUCUCAUCCUCAGCGUGCUCUUUCAGGAGGCUGUGUGGACUUUUUGGUUGUGAGAGAUUGAUUUUUGCGAGGUCUGUGAAGUUGAAGGAUUAGAAUUGCUGAGGGUAUGUCUGGAAGUCAGGGACUGGUGCUGCUGGACAAACCUGGGAUCGUUUAGAGAGAUGCAUUUAUCAACUCAGAAAACUCAAUUGUAGCCUGUGGGCAAGGAAACUGUGAAUGCACUGACAUUUCACAAUGGCCCUGAAAAGAUGAAGCUGCUCAGGUGUAGAUCCUGCCUAGAUAUUUCAUAAUUAAUUAAUUGUCACAAGUGUAACUGUGUCUGAAUGGCACUGAGUGGUCACAAUCACCUGGAAGAGCCUUUGGGGAAAAAAAAAACCACCCAAAAAGAAGUGUAAAAAAGGCUGUAUCACAUUUCUUGAAAUGAUAUUUAAAUAAAAUAUCCAAAAUACA